AUGCUAUUUUGCCCAAACUGUGCCAAUUUACUGCUGAUCGAAAACGAUGGUGGACAAGCUUUCUUUUGCCAAUCUUGUCCGUAUGUCUAUAGCAUUCAGAGCCGACAUACAAAUCGUAAAGAGUUAAAGAGAAAAGAAGUAGAUGAUGUGUUGGGUGGUGCUGAUGCAUGGGCAAACGUGGAUACGACCGAAGCUACUUGCCCAAAAUGCGAACAUGAUAAAGCUUAUUUCAUGAUGAUUCAAAUUCGUUCUGCAGAUGAACCUUCCUCGAUUUUCUACAAGUGCUGCAACGAUGAUUGUCAACAUCAAUGGCGUGAAGGAUAA